AUGGCAACCCCGUCGGUCCAUCCCUCAUGGAUGGACAGGGGAUCAAUGAAAGGGGGCGUAAGUCUAGUAGUGGGAUAUCACUCAUACGUACAAAGCGUUCCGCUAACCGAACACGUCGAAGUGACAAGACCAGCCGCAGUUCCCGUUUACAAGGAGAUCGGAAUUCCAGUAGUUCAACCUUUCAAAAUUAGUUUACCUCAUCCUGUCGCAGUGGGGAUACCACAGCCGUAUCCAAUUCCAGUACCAGUUCCCCAUGCUGUACCGGUACAAGUUGUACGAACUGUACCUGUACCAGUGGAAAGAAAAGUGCCAUUUCCAAUUGAAAAACAUAUUCCAGUACCCGUGGAUAAGUAUGUACCGUAUGCAAUUGAAAAGCAUAUACCGGUGCCUGUGUACGAACCUUAUCCUAUCAAAGUACCAUUUUACAAAACUAUUUAUCACUACAGGAGGGGAUGA